UCAGUCAAAACAGGCUACAUCGUGUCCUAUUCUGAACGAACUCGCUCUUUCUCUCUCCCCACCGUCUUCUUCUCCGAUCUAUCACUCUUCAUUGUUUUUUUUCCUCUCAAUUCUCUGAUUUUGAAGAUGAGCUUGAAGGCUACGAUCUUAAUCCUAGGGCUCGUGUGGAGCUUCCAGGCAGCGUUAGGGAUUAGAUUCGUGAUAGACAGAGAAGAAUGCUUCUCCCACAAGGCUGAAUACGAAGGAGAUACCCUUCAUGUCUCUUUCGUCGUCAUCAAGUCUGAUUCUCAGUGGCAUUUCAACGAGGAUGGUGUAGAUCUUGUGAUACAUGGGCCAACGGGGGAACAAGUUCAUGACUUCAGGGAGCAGAUUAGUGCCAAACACGACUUUGUUGUCCAGAAGAAAGGGGUUUACCGUUUCUGUUUCACUAACAAGUCUCCUUAUCAUGAAACCAUUGACUUCGAUGUGCAGCUUGGUCACUUUGCCUACUACGACCAGCACGCAAAGGACGAGCAUUUCACUCCGUUGAUGGAGCAGAUAUCGAAGUUAGAGGAGGCUCUUUACAACAUUCAGUUUGAGCAGCAUUGGUUAGAGGCUCAGACCGAUCGUCAAGCCAUUGUGAAUGAGAACAUGAGCAAGAGAGCAGUGCACAAAGCUUUGUUCGAGUCGUUUGCAUUGAUCGGGGCAAGCGUCUUCCAAGUUUAUCUUCUGCGUCGCUUGUUUGAACGCAAACUCGGCAUGUCUCGUGUUUAAAAGUAUUAAGCCUAUUAUGUGAAUUUUGGAGGCUUUCCCCCAAAGUAUUUAUCUUGCUUCAUAAGUUAAAAUGUGCCACAGAAUCUUUAACUCUUUUUACAGUCGUAGUUCAUCUGAAAGA